AUGGCUGAUCAACAACAACAAUCUCUAAGCUCCUCAAAGGCAAUUGAAAGCAACACCAUGUUGGAAGGGAUUCCUGAGUUAACCCUUCAUACUCCAAUCAAUGAGUUAACAAUGUUAUGUGAAACCAUUGUUGAUUUCAAAAACCUAAACGAUAACAUUUUUGAUUUCACUGAAACUUUGAAUGUUCAAGGCCGGAACACCUUCUUCGAGAGACUCACAAACACAGUUUACCCUGUGUUAGUAAAGCAGUUUUGGGUUCAUGCAACUACUAAGAAGGAAACCAUCACUUCCUAUGUCAUGAAUAGGAAAAUAAUCAUUACUGAGAAGUCGAUAGCUGAUCUCAUUACUCAUGAUGGUAAAGGGAAGAGGAUUCGCAGUGCUAAGAUUAUUGCUAAGAGAGAUGUUGUCAUUUCUCAUGUCAUCUUCAAGGAAGAAACCAACUUCGCUGAUGAAAAGGGUCCUCGUGAUAAGGAUUUAACAAGGAACCUAAGAGUUUGGUUCAAGAUUAUUUUAGGUUGCAUUCACCACAGACCAAGUACAAAUAGUUCUAACUACAUCAACACACGUUAUAAAUUCAUGUUAUUUCUUCUGGAGAAGGGUGUCAAGCCGGGACUCCUAUCACUUUUGUUUAAGUUCAUGAGGGAUUCUAUCAGAAAAUCCAGAACUGGUGGCUUAUCCAAGAAGUCUAAGAGAAAAUUCGUUCCGAUCAGCAUAUUAAUUUUUGAUAUCGUUGUAGAAAUUGGCUUGAUGGAUGACCUUCUGGUCAAUGGUUUGAUAGAAGAGCUGGUGAAGGAUGAUGGUAAAGUCUUUUGGGGGAAGAAUCUGAAGAGUAUGGGUCUUAUAUCCAUAUUUCAAAGGCCAGAUGUCAUUCUGACUAAGGAUGAUAUGUGUGGUACAAGAAAUCCCAUUGAUAACUACCCUAUAUUCAUCAAAAUUGACCCUCUACAAGUUCUGAUGGCUUAUUUGGAAAGUUGUCUGAAGGACAAAAUUGAACCGUUGGUGGAUCCUUUUAACCUUCUAGAAACUUACCCUGGUGUUCAUGGAAAAAUAAAGAAGGAUUUCAUAGGCGAAGGAUCUUCUAGGGCUCAGAAGAAGAAGAUUACUAUCUUUCAGGAUGAAGAUGAGGUGCCUCUAAGUGAGCGCCAAAAGAAAAUGAUGUUGAAGGGUACUUUUGGAGUCGUCUAG